ACAUCAAUCAAAUUGAUAUGGUACACAAUUAUUGAAGCAAUGGAUUGCCCUUAGUGGAGGUUACUGUAAUAAAGUAUCUACUGUAUGUUUUAGGGUGAAAAUGAAGUCAUUAAGUGAUAUCUACGAUAAUCUAUGAUAUUUUAUUUCCAUGAAGAUAGAACAUGUAAGCUUACUCUACCUAUCAAUGCAAAUACUUGUAGGCCUUCUGCCAUUUGUUGUGUGCAGCAUGGUGUUUUUUUCUCUCCGGUGAAUUCAUACAAUUAUUUAUCAUGAAAAAAAAGAUAUAUGGUUCACCCAUUGAACUUAGAAUUAUGUAUUUUUUGUCUAUUUUUGUUUCUGAUCUAACUUUUAUUUACUUGCUAGUUGAUUUCUUCAUCAGUAAUUGAGGCCUAUAAUAUACUUCCCAAUUUGGAUUUAGUUGUCCCUUCUCUCAUGAGCAAAGGAAUUGAGUUUUCUUCCACAACCUUGUCAAUGGUUCCAGGCAUUCCCAUUAGGCCCAUGCUUGCAAGAAUUGCCAAUGGAGUUCCUCAAACACUACAAAUUUUUGAAGGCAGAGCAUUUACAUGUGAAUAUAAGUAUGAUGGUCAACGUGCCCAAAUUCACAGAUUAGCUGAUGGAUCUGUACGGAUCUUUUCGCGGAAUGGGGAUGAAACAACAUCAAGAUUUCCAGAUUUGGUGCAUAUAAUCAGUGAAUCAUGUAAACCUGUGGCAGUAACAUUUGUACUAGAUGCAGAGGUAGUUGCAGUUGAUAGGAAGAAUGGAUGUAAGCUUAUGUCCUUCCAAGAACUAUCUUCUCGAGAGAGAGGGAGUAAAAAUUCCUUGAUUACAGUGGAUAGCAUAAAGGUUGACAUUUGUGUUUUUGCCUUUGACAUCAUGUUUGCUAACGGAGAACAGUUGUUGUGUUUACCUUUGCGUCAAAGACAAAAAUAUUUGAAGGAUUUGUUUUGUGACAAGUUGGGUCAUUUUGAAUAUGCAAAGGAAAUAACAGUGGAAGCAGAAGACGCUUAUUUGAGUAACCAGGCCUCAUUAACAAAAAUAAACUUGUUCUUGGAGGAUGCAUUCAACUCUUCAUGUGAAGGAAUCAUGGUGAAGUCUCUAGAUGUUGAUGCUGGAUAUGCUGCAUCAAAGCGUACCGAAACAUGGUUGAAGGUUAAGCGAGAUUAUGUGGACGGACUGAAUGAUUCUCUUGAUUUGGUUCCCAUUGGUGCUUGGCAAGGGAAUGGGAGAAAAGCAGGAUGGUACAGUCCUUUCCUUAUGGCAUGUUACAACCCUGAUACUGAAGAAUUCCAAAGCGUUUGUCGUGUAAUGUCUGGAUUCUCUGAUUCUUUCUAUGCAGAGAUGAAAGAGUUCUUCUCUGGUGAAAAAAUCCUAUUCAAAAAGCCUCCUUACUACCAAACAUCUGAGGUACCCGAUUUGUGGUUUUCUCCAGAACUUGUUUGGGAAAUAAGAGGUGCAGACUUUACAGUUUCACCAGUUCAUCAAGCUGCAGUUGGUCUGGUUCAUCCAUCUCGUGGUAUCUCUAUCAGAUUUCCAAGAUUCAUCCGCUCUGUAUUGGAUAGAAAACCAGAGGAAUGUAGCACAUCUGAAGAUAUAGCUGGCAUGUUUCAUUCUCAGACCCGGAAGAUGGAUGUUGACAUCAAAGAUUGAAUUUUGCUUUAGGUAAACCCCACAUUCUAGUUUGGGAGGUUUAUCACUUGACCACCUAAACAGCCAAACUAUGUUUAUUGUUAGAUCUCCACCCACUUUUAGUGAAUGGGCAAUUUACGAAAUCACACAUUUGUUGUCUA